AUGUCACCUCAGAAGAGAGUUAAGAACUCUCAGACACCAAAGAGAACUUCACGAUGUAGUAAUAGUUAUCAGACUAAUCUCUUGGCCUGGAAGUUGAAAGAGAACCUAAGCAACUCAAAGAGCAUCUUGAAACAUGGACAAAACAGUCCAGUGGAAGAUUCUGAACAUGCUGAUUCUGAUGAGCAAGCAGAAGAUGCUCUGCAGAUAGCAAUGAGAUACUUUGAGAAAGGUCCCUUUAAAACUUCACGGAGUAAAGAUAAAACCUUGGAAAAACACUUGAAAACUGUGGAAGAUAUGGCUUGGAAGAAUGGGUUAGCUCCAGAAGGGAUUGACAUUCUCUUAAAUGUGGCACUCAGUGGCAAAUUUGGGAGUGCUGUAAGCUCUCGGAUAUUGAGAUGCAUGAUUCCAGCAAAUCUAAUAUCAGAAGAUUCUGUGGUUAAGGCAGUCUCCUGGCUUUGUGUUGGCAAGUGUUGUGAUAGCACCAAGAUACUAUUUUAUCGUUGGCUGGUUGCAAUGUUUGACUUCAUUGAUCACAAGGAGAAAAUUAACUUGCUCUAUGGCUUCUUUUUUGCUUCAUUGCAAGAUGAUGCACUGUGCCCUUACGUCUGCCAUUUCUUAUAUUUACUUACCAAGAAAGAGAAUGUCAAACCAUUUCGUGUGAGAAAACUUCUUGAUCUUCAGGUGAAAAUGGGAAUGCAGCCUUAUCUCCAUGCUUUGCUGUCACUGUAUAAGUUCUUUGUUCCCACUUUGAUUUCUGUAUCUUUGCCUGUAAAGAAGAGGAUAUAUUUUAAGAAUUCAGAGAACUUGUGGAAGACAGCUCUAGUUGCUGUGAGGCAAAGGAAUCAGGGACCUUCUCCAGAACCUCUAAAGCUGAUGUUAGGUCCCGCCAAUGUCCGUCCCAGAAAAAGAAAAUGGAAUUCUCAUUCACUUAUACCAGUGCUAAAUUCCAGUAGCCACAGUAAAGAAUAUGGAAAAAACAGAAUGUGUCUUUCUUAUUAUCUCGGUAGCAAUAGGCCAUUUCCAGUAGAACACCUUAAAAGCUUCCCUCAACUCUUACAGAACAUUCAUUGCUUAGAGCUGCCUUCUCAGAUGGGUGCAGUGCUGAACAAUUCUUUGCUACUUCACUAUAUUAACUGUGUCAGAGAUGAAUCAGUCUUACUGAGGCUAUAUCAUUGGUUGAAUCAAACAUUACAAGAAGAAUGUAUUUGGUACAAGGUGAAUAAUUAUGAAUGUGGAAAAGAAUUUACCAGCUUCCUGGACACUAUCAUCAAGGCAGAGUGCUUCUUACAAGAGGGGUUUUAUUCUUGUGAAGCAUUCCUGUGUAAGAGCCUUCCUCUCUGGGAUGGCUUCUGUUGUCGAUCACAGUUCCUUCAACUUGUGAGCUGGAUUCCUUUUACUAGCUUCUCUGAGGUGAAACCAUUUAUUUUUGACCGUCUGGCACAGCUCUUCUUUACAUCAACCAUUUAUUUCAAGUGUAGUGUUCUUGAGAACCUUAAAGAGCUACUGCAGAAUUGGCUGCUGUGGCUUUCUAUGGACAUCCACAUGAAAACUGUGACGGACAGUUCUCUAGAGACAACUUUCAGUGGAUCCAUGAAGUCUGUGUUUGAGCUAAUUCACUAUGUAGGGUGGCUGUCCACUAAUGCAAUGCGCUUGGAAAGCAACAGUACUUUCUUGCUGCAUUUUGUUUUGGAUUUCUAUGAGAAGGUGUGUGACAUAUAUAUAAAUUAUAACGUUCCAUUAGUGGUGUUGUUUCCUCCUGGGAUCUUCUAUGUUGCGCUCCUCAGUGUGGAUUCGAGUAUCCUGAACCAACUCUGUUACAUUAUGCACAGAUACCGUAAUAAUUUGACAGCUGCAAAGAAAAAUGAGUUGGUACUAAAGACAAAAUCAGAGUUCAUAUUCAGCAGCAAGACCUAUCAAGAAUAUAAUCAUUAUUUGACAGCCAUGGUUGGUUGCCUGUGGACAUCCAAACCCUUCCAGAAAGGAUCAUAUUUUGACCCUGAAGUCUUUAAAAAAAUUGGAAUAGCAAAGUAUAAAACCAGUUUAAAUUUAGUUCAUCACCCUGCUCUACUGAGUUAUGCUAUUUCCUUUUUGCUAAAGGAAUGGCCAGAAGAAAAGACAGUAAAUGUGAGCUCCAUUCGGGGAAAGAAAUGGAACGGGUAUUUGGACUAUUUAUUUUCAGAGGGCUUACAAGGCUUGAAACAUUUCAUACAAAGUAGUAUUUGUCGUUCUUCUGUCCCCUGA